AGCCCCAGCUGCCCCGAAUCAUUCAACUGCGUUGUUCAUCGCCGAUAUCGCAGGUUCGUUGAGACUUCUAUCUGCCAUCGUAUCCGCAUUCCGUGUUGCAUAAAGAGACAGUGAUGCUAGAAAAUAAUAUGUCGUCAGCUAUUGUUCCCCAUCCUGUCACUGUUCUACUGCAACGAAGAUCACCAUGAUGUUCUCCAAAUUCAGCCUGAAAUAUGUGCAGUUUCUCUUUUUUGUUACCCGCACUAUCGCGGCGUUUGACAUGUCAUCGAACCAGAAUCUGGCUGUGUACUGGGGUCAGAACUCAUAUGGAGCCGUCAAUCCAGACAAUACUGCACAAUGGCAGCAGCCCAUCUCUUACUAUUGCAAUGAUGCCAUAAUCGACACCUUCCCAAUAGCCUUUCUAGACGAGUUCUACUCGACAGAGAAUCUCCCAUCCAUCAACCUUGCAAACACUUGUAACACAGGCAGUAACUCUCUUUUUCCAGGGACGAACCUCCUCAAUUGCUCAUUCCUCGCAUCAAGUAUCGAGACUUGUCAAGCUGCAGGAAAAAUCGUCACGAUCUCGUUGGGUGGAGCAUCAGGUUCUGUUGGCUUUGCAAAUGACACCGAAGCAGCAGCAUAUGCACAGACAGUCUGGGAUCUUUUCCUGGAAGGUUCGAGCAGCAUCCGUCCUUUCGGGUCCGCUGUUUUGGAUGGCAUCGAUAUGGACAUCGAAGGUGGCUCUCAGACUGGAUUUGUAUCUUUCUUGUCUGCCCUUCGUACCUUGAUGGACGGUGGCAGUAAACCGUACUACAUCACUGCGGCGCCUCAAUGUCCUUACCCUGAUGCCUACAUUGGCACUACUCUGGACGAGUUUGGAUUUGACGCUGUAUAUGUCCAGUUUUAUAACAACUACUGCGGAUUGACAAAUUACAACAACCCGAAUGCUUGGGACUUUGCAACAUGGAACACCUGGGCACAGACGGUAUCCCCCAAUCCAAAUGUCAAAGUCUACAUUGGUGCCCCAGCAUCAUCCAGUGCAGCUGGAUCUGGAUAUGUCAGUCCAUCAACGUUUACCCCAAUCAUCCAGCAAACAAUGGCCGAAUAUUCAUCUUUCGGAGGCGUCAUGCUGUGGGACGCAUCUCAGGCGUACGCAAAUGGUAGAUACGACAUCUCUGUGAAGAAUGCAUUGUUAGGUGGGACGUCUGCCCCUCCGCCGACCACCACCACGACCACCACCACGCAGACGACCACGCAGACGACCACGCAGAUGAGCACGACCACGAUUUCCCUGACUACCACAAUGAGCACCAGCACAACCUCAAGUCCUUCUCCCACAACAACAUCUGGGACUGUUUCCUGCAGUGGUGUAGCAGCAUGGCAAACUGGUGUUGCUUAUGUUGGAGGCGACGAAGUCACAUAUGGCGGGGACCUCUGGACUGCGAAAUGGUGGUCGGAGAGUGAUGUUCCGGGCGGCGCUGCGGGUGACUGGACAAAUGAUGGCGUAUGUGUAUAAUCAUGCUGCCUCUCCGUGCUUUUGCUAGAUGUAGAGGUUGUUGCCAUUGCUAGACUGCUCUAGUCCAGCCAAUAUUUUCCUUUGUAUAACGUUAAUGUAGUAUUUCCCCUCCCCUUUCAUGUAUCUUACGAUAUGUUUUGCAAGCACCCUUUAUCUU